CACUGUUCCCCCACCAUGAAGCUCACUGCACUGGCAAACAUUUUGGAUGGACAUUCUAGCACAACCUGGAGUUCUACAAGACAAGCUCGCAAGAUCGCAUCAUGUCGGAAAUUCUCGGCCGCCGUAUGCUUUCGAAAGCAGAGGAGGAGGGCAGUGACGAAGUCGAGGUGCGCAGAGAGGACCAGGAUAAGAUCAACCGUUUCAGUCGUCUGCACCAGCGCGAAUUGGCGAUCAAAGAGGAGCUGGAGGCCAAAAGUAAAGAAAAGGAAGAGCUCGAAGAUCUCUCUACCGAACUUGAACUCGCAGACGAAGACGAAAAGAUCCAGUACCGAAUCGGCGACUCCUUCUUCCACCUACCCCUCGAGCAGGCUCAGGAGAUGCUGGAAGCAGCGUCGACGCGCAGCGAAGAAGAGACAGGGGAGCUCGAGGAAAAGCUCAGUUCAAUACAGGACGAGAUGAAGCAACUCAAGGUCGACCUGUACGCGAGAUUCGGCAAACAAAUCAACCUGGAGACAUAAUGCAAUAAUGUCAAACAUGAUCAUGGUCCCCCCCUGUCCCGACUGCACAAGAUUUCCACCCCGAGCAACCACCUGUGUAUCUGUGCAAAUAAGCCGGCGCACUACGACGUAAGAUCCGUUACAUCAUGCUAGAGAGCCGCCGGAUCAUUACGGUGGUACCGGCGCUGGAUCAUCUAUCGCAGCCUCAGGAUCCCGCUGAUUGCUUAGUCAUAAUAUCAAAGCUGCUCCUUGAGUCGUUCCACCCCGGAUAUACGAAUUCCCCCGACUCAGGAGAGCUCUUCUCACAGCCAAUAGGAAUUGCAGCCAUUGAAGAAAGUUGGAGGCCGGCCGGCCGUACGAUUGAUGCUUAAACCCGGCGCUGCCCUUGUUACAGUUACGUACUGUUCCAUCAAGCCGAGA